UUAACCUGCUGGCACCUGUCCACCACUGUCAAAAUCACAAUUGACUCAGUGCCACUCCAAGUGGUUGAAGGAGAAAGCGUCCUUCUACGUGUCAACAAUCUGCCACAGAAUCUUCGAAAUUUUGCCUGGUUCAAAGGGGUGACAAAUAUGAACUUCAGAAUUGCAUUAUAUUCACUGACCAGUAAUCUAUGUGUGAUGGGGCCUGAAAAUAGUGGUAGAGAAGCUGUGUACAGCAAUGGAUCCCUGUUUCUCAAAAAUGUCUCCCAGAAGGACACAGGAUUUUAUAUACUACGAACAGUAAUUGGAGGUGGAAAAAUUGUAUAUACAACCACAUACCUCCACGUGUAUGCCUCCCUUUUCACCUGUGGGCACCCUCCACCCUCUUCCCAGCCCACUAUUGAAUUAGUGCCACCCCGUGUUGCUGAAGGGGCAAGUGUACUUCUACUUGUUCACAAUCUUCCAGAGAAUAUUAAGUAUCUUUUCUGGUACAAAGGCGUGUUUGCGGUGAAGAGAUUUGAGAUUGCCAGACAGAUAAGAGAACUAGAUUCAAGUGUGCAGGGGCCUACACAUAGUGGUAGAGAGUUAUUGUUCAGCAAUGGAUCCCUGCUGCUCCACAACACCAUUUGGAAUGACACUGGAUUCUACACCCUAAGGCUUCUGACUACAGAUCUAAAAGCAGAAAUAGCACAUGUGAAACUCCAGGUGGACACCUCCAAUUCUAAAUGUAAUCCUUCUGCCUCUGCCCAAGUAAAAAUUGAAGCAGUGCCUUCAUAUGCUGCUGAAGGGGAAAGCGUUCUUCUCCUAGUUCAUAAUCUGCCAGAAGACUUUCAAAUGUUUUGCUGGUACAAAUCAGAAUAUAGAACAGACAUCUUUAAAAUUGCAGAAUACAAGAGAGCCACAAAUUCCACCAUCUUGGGACUUGCCCACAGCCAAAGAGAAAUGGUGUAUACCAACGGAUCCUUGCUUAUCCACAAUAUCACUGAGGAAGAUGCAGGACUGUACAUGCUAGAAAUUUUAAACAGAGACUACAAAUAUGAAGACACACAUGUGCAACUCCAUGUGAACAAGCCUGUGACACAGCCCAUCAUUCGAGUCAUCAACACCACAGUCACAGUACAGACCUCUGUGGUCUUCACUUGCUUCUCAGCCGACCCUGGAAUCUCCAUUCACUGGAUCUUCAAUAACCAGAGUCUGCAACUCACAGAGAGGAUGAAGCUUUCCCCAACAAAGUGCCAACUCAGCAUAGAUCCGGUCAGCGGGGAGGAUGCUGGAAAAUAUCAGUGUGAAGUCUCCAACCAAGUCAGUUCAAAAACCAGUUUCCCAGUCACGCUGGAUGUGAUGGAUAAGUGA